AAUAUUAGUAUCCCAUGCGUAGAUCCGAUAACAUAAUUCGUUGUAGGAAAAAAAUAUAAUAAAAUCGAAGGUUGAGUAAUUUGGUCAUAAAAAUGCCUUUACGUUUGAAUGUAGCAAAAGAAAAGUUUAGGGUAUAUAAAAAGCUUCCAAAAAACAUUUUGAGACAGCAAGGUGUCGAGGUUAAACCACCGGAGAGGCCAGUGAGAGAUAUAUUUGCUGGAACGGUGAUGAAAAGAAGUGUGGGAACUCCCGAGACAUUAAAAGUCAGGGUUUUAAAGUUGAAGUUGGACACAUAUAUUACAAAGUAUUACUACAAAAGGCUGGAUUAUUGGGUGCUAGAAAAAGAUCUUAAGGUGAAAAUUGGAGACCUUGUUCUUAUUCGGUUAAUGGAUGAAGCCUAUUCCCCACGUGUGAAGUUUGAAAUUUACAAGUACCUACAUCAGCUUGGUGAAAUGAUCUGCCCAGUCACUGGACAGGGUGUUAGGGGACUAGAGUAUGUUGACCCAGCAAGGACUGACCAUAUUGGAAAUUUCCCAGAAAAAUGGCAAGAUAAUGUGAUGAACAACACCAUGGUUCAAAGAAUGCGUUUGUUGGAGCUUGGAAGAGAACUAGAAACCAAAGAACAGGAAUUGAACAAUGAUGAUGAGGACGAUGAUGAAGAUGAUGAUGGGGAAACUUUUGUGUGAAUUAUUAAAUUGUAGUUUCAUGAUAUGCAUAAAUAAAUGUAUAGAGACACAUAAGCAGCAAAGUGUGAUAAUUUUAAUUAAAAAACUUGUAAGCCCUUAUAACAUUAGAAGUUUUUUUUUUUAAACUUUUAUGGUCAACAACUAAUUAAAGAGCAGAAAUGGCAGAAUUUUGCCAAGAGUUGAUAUGUUUGGGGCUAACAAGUGACUUACGAAAUGUAGAAUACUGUAUAUCAGUGGUUAUUGUCAGGUUAGAGUUCAGAGGUCAGUGAAAGAGGUUAGAGAUCAGAUUUGCUCUCAAUGUACUGUCUAUAAUUAGUUCAUCUAAUGGAUGGUAUGGCUUUCCCAUGAGCCUGUCUGUCCAUUCUUGUUUUCAUAUCCAAGUUUUUUUUGUCUCUGCGAGACCCCAACCAAUUUAACACUUAGACUGCUAAUGCAUCUCAGGAGGAAAGUACCGGGUAUAUUUAACAGAAGGUCGCUGUCACCUUGUUUUGAAAUUAUUCAAAUCAUUUAAAAUCAUUUUAGAAACAGUUAGGCCAAGAACAUUAAACUUUUUCAUCCGACAGCCAUGCAGAAACAAGUUGGCAUAAUGUGUUGCGACCCAAGAGAAACAUGGCCUCUUCUUGAGUACUUGUUUGCUCCGUUACACACUGAAUAUGUGGAGAAAAUAUAAAAUAUACUCCUCUAAAUUGUCCAGAUGUUUUAGCAUUUGACUUCAUACACCUGCACAUGCUUUGAUCAUUGUUGCACUGGUAAGUAGCUGGUUUUAAUUUAUACCUUCCAUAUCAAGAAUUUUUUCACACAAAUUCAAUGCUUUUUUCAGUAAUUUUAUUUUAUGUCAUAAAAACAAUAAAUAUUUUAACAAAUUAUCAAAAACGUACAUUAAAUGAUUUGGCAUAUAAAAAAUCAUUACCGGUAUAUGCCUGGACAUUGUGAAAUAAUUCUAAGGAUUUUCACAGGUCGCAUUCUUGCAGAAACCUAGCAUAUGUAUUGAAAACUCUUUUCUUUUCUUUUUCUCUACGGGUAAACCAUGUAUACACAAUAGACCACUUUGUUACACUGAGAAAAAUUCUUAAUGAAAAUUAACCUAAAA